AUGCGUGCUACCGAAGUGCUCUAUUAUAUGCUCCGCCCCAGCCAGUUGAGGUCUAUCGUUCAAUGGAAAGUUUGGCACAACCCUGUCCAUGAACGCAAGGUGCAGGAUGAAACAGAAACGCAGAAGGCCUGCUUCAACUUCCUCGACUUGACAAGUCGGAGUUUCAGCGCUGUGAUUAAGGAGCUUCAUCCCGAACUGCUACUUCCUGUUUGCGUUUUCUACCUAGUUCUUCGCGGGUUGGAUACCGUCGAAGACGACACAUCGAUUCCUCUGAAAACCAAGGAGCCGAUGCUGCGUGAGUUCAAGGACUACCUGGAGCAGGAUGGCUGGACGUUCGAUGGGAACCGCCCCGAAGAGAAAGACCGUGAACUGCUGGUUCAGUUUCACAACGUCAUUACUGAGUUCAAGAACAUGAAGCCGGCCUACCGGGAGAUCAUCAAGGAUAUCACUGAUAAGAUGGGCAAUGGUAUGGCCGAUUACUGCCGAAAGGCGGAAUUAGAGGAUGCCAGCGUCAAGACAAUUGAGGAAUAUGAUCUCUACUGCUACUAUGUCGCCGGCUUGGUGGGUGAAGGGUUGACUCGCCUCUUUGUUGAGGCUGAGUUGGCUAACCCAGCACUGCUCUCCCGUCCACGUCUACACAAGUCCAUGGGACUCUUUCUGCAGAAGACUAACAUCAUUCGUGACGUACGGGAAGACCACGAUGAUGACCGACAUUUCUGGCCCAAAGAAAUUUGGUCCAAGUAUGUCACCGAGUUUGAGGAUCUCUUCAAGCCCGAGAACCGCGAGACUGCUCUCAACUGUGGAUCCGAAAUGGUUCUCAAUGCUCUGGAGCACGUCGAAGAGUGUCUGUUCUACCUCGCUGGCCUGCGGGAGCAGAGUGUUUUCAACUUUUGCGCCAUUCCCCAGUCUAUGGCCAUUGCUACCUUGGAGCUUUGCUUCCGCAAUCCGGACAUGUUCGAUCGUAAUAUUAAGAUCACCAAGGGUGAGGCCUGUCAAUUGAUGAUGGAGUCGACCCAGAACCUUCGUGUUCUCUGUGAUACAUUCCGCCGCUAUGCUCGCCGGAUCCAUAAGAAGAAUACUCCUAAGGAUCCCAACUUCCUCAAGAUCAGCAUUGUUUGUGGAAAGAUUGAGAAGUUCAUGGACACAAUCUUCCCCCAGCAAACUGCUGCGGAAGCCAAGCGCAAGGUGCAAGGCGAGCAGUCGGAAGCUGAGAAGGAGAAGGCCAGACAGGAAGCUGAAACGCGCCAGGAUCUGUUCUUCAUGUUGGCUUUGAUGGGUGUGAUUGUGCUGAUCGUGUCGAUCAUCAUGAUUACAACUGCCUGGUUAUUGGGCGCCCGCUUCGACAUUGCGUGGCAAGAGCUGAAGACCGGCAACUUCCGCCCACCUGCCAAGAGGAUUCCUGGGGAAUUGUAAGCGUGAGUUACGGAUUUACGACGCCUUUGUUUUAUCAGCAGAUGACCGCGCAUGGCCCUUGUUCAUAUUACCUUUCUUACCAUGACGCUUUAUGUUUAACUAAUAACGAUAAUAUCUUCUUCCGUUUCAUUCUCCCUUUCGCUUACAAUAUUGCUCGUGUGGGAACAGUGGCCGGUCAACUAGCACGGAUGUCAAAUUGCAAUCUAGCCCUUUCAUGGCUGUGGUUGUGCCGAAGAAGUGCUGAUAUUGAGAGUGAGAAUUUCUCCGACCAGUGACGUACUAGAUGUGUGUCCUGCAGCUUUGCUGAGAUGGCACACCUCCAUUGACGAUCUGGAACACCCUUGUAUCUAACUAUCUAUGCCUUGUAGUGCUUUGUAUAUGCAUCGUACUGUGAUAGUCGAUUACUUUAGUAAGAGUUCAAUAC